GGAAGAGGAACUGAGACCAGCAGGAGUGUACCUUCUAGCAGUUUCAUAUGACUUUUUUCCUCAAACUGAUCACCAAUCAAUCAGAACUAUCUACUUCAAACACACUCCCUUAACUAAAAGAACAUGGCCAAGGGUGGCAAAGGCCCCAAGGGCAAAAAGAUCACCUUCAAUGUGGCCAAGAAUUGCAUCAAGAUCACAUUCGACGGGAAAAAACGCCUCGACUUGAGCAAGAUGGGAAUUACCACCUUCCCCAAGUGCAUCCUGCGGCUCAGUGAUGUGGACGAGCUCGACCUUAGCCGGAACAUGAUCAAGAAGAUCCCUGACUCCAUCUCCAAGUUCCAAAACCUGCGGUGGCUGGACUUGCACAGCAACUACAUCGAUAGGCUGCCUGAGUCCAUCGGCCAGAUGACCACUCUGCUCUACCUCAACGUGAGCAACAACAGGCUGACCGCCAACGGGCUGCCCGUGGAGCUCAAUCAGCUCAAGAACAUCCGCACUGUGAACUUAGGCCUGAAUCACCUGGACAGCGUGCCCACCACGCUGGGCGCCCUGAAGGAGCUCCAUGAGGUGGGUCUCCAUGACAACCUGCUCAACUCCGUCCCCACCAGCAUCUCCAAGCUCCCCAAGCUGAAAAAGCUCAACACAAAGCGAAACCCUUUUCCCAAGGCAGAAGAGGCGGAUACAUUCAUAGAUACAAUCAAGCGGAUGGAAAAUCUGUACCUGGUGGACGAGAAGGAUCUGUGUGGGACUUGCCUGAGAAAAUGCCAGCAGGCCCGGGAAAAGCUGAACAAAAUCAAGAACAUGACUGUGACGGCACCGAAAAGGGCCAUCUUUUCUAAUUUGGUCUCACCCAACUCCAUGGCCAAAGGAUCCCAGGAAGAUUGGAGGAUUCGCUCAACAUCUCCCUAGAGUAGCUUAUGACAAAAACUUGAAGACUAAUCAGCUAAGAAGAAUAAACAACUCUGAUGAAGAAAAGCGCUCAGUUAGGAGAAGAAAGAGAGUGUCAUGGGGAACAUUCUGGAAGCCAGGCUCUCUGGUGCCGGCCAAGCCAUUGAAUUGCUUCUUAAAUUCACUUUGCCUUUUUUGAUGAUCUGUGUGCAAAAAUGACUUUGGGAAAUAUUUGAUGUGUGAUUUUUUUUUUUAAUGUGUAUAGAGAAAAUGCUUACGACAACGAUAGAUAUAAAUGAUAGACAACUAAAGAUUUAAAAGAAGGCUUUAAGACUUAAAAGACGUAUGCUCUUAUGCUUAACUUGAACUGGUAAAAUCCCAACCCCAGUUGCCUCUGAUAAGUUAUG